GCAUCCCCUGCGUAAUAAUUCGGUCGCGAUUUAAUUCUUUAGCGUGGAUGCGCAGCUUUUCCGCGUUACGUCGGAUCGCACGUAUAUAUCACAGUCGUCGCCGUUGCCAACACCACCAUCGCAAACUAUUAUCAAGAAGCCGGCCCGAUUCGGUCACGGACUGAGGAAGAAGCAUUUUAUAUGUCGUGAUAAACCCAUAGUUCUGAGUCGCAACAUUGAUGAACUUGUGUAUUCGUUACACUCGUGAUUAUUUGUAAGUCAACAAAUAGGAUUAGAGAGGCAAUUAGAGAGUACACAAACUCAAAAGUUAGUGAAAAGUUUGGCUUUGCAACAAAAUCAUGUACUCUGAAUAACUGGGAUGAUUACAUGUUCAGAAAAAUGAUUGAUGAAAUGAUUUUGACUGGAGAAAAAAUCUAGAGAACAGACAAGAGGCAGACAAACAGAUCUACAGAAAGGUGUUGCCUUGUUGGUUUCUUGGUCUCUGAAUAAUACACCAAAAUGGAUGAUCUGCUGAAGGAGUUAGAGACCCUGAGGAUUAAUGACAACUUUAGCGAUCAGAAUUCAUGGAAGCCAUGUAUAGAUCUGAUUCAGAGAAGUUUUGUACCACCAAAAUUUAUGGAUGAAGUUCGUCCCUGUGAGGAAAAGGACUUUAGGGAAUACAGGCUAGUCAUAGAAAAGAAAUUGAAUAAUGUUAGAUUUAUGUUGCAACAUAUCCUCAACAAUUGUAAACAACAUCUGCCACUGAAUGACAAUAGUAUGGCAAUAACAAAGACAUUCAGUAUGAAUCUACUGUUGCUUAUCGGUGAGCACAGUGAGAAAAAUAUCUGGAAUACAGCAGAAUGUGUCAACAUUUCUAAGGAAUUAAGUGCCAACUUUUGCCAUCUAUGGGCAUGUCAAAGUAUUUCCACAUUUUUCUCGGUGCAUGAAAAUUUUAAUAAGUUAUUAUUAAUGUUAAGACCUAAGUUAUUAAAGAUGAGCUGGAAGGUUUAUCCAGCAGCUAUUACAUGCUAUAAAUGGAUGGUCCAUCAAGUAGAAAAACCUUUAUUGUUUAAUUAUAUUAGGGAUGUGCUACCUACCACAUUGAUCCUCAUAGAUGACUAUGUACCCGACAAUAUAUUAAUUGGAUUGCAAUGUCUACAUUUGAUUAUACAACAUUCCCAUAUGAAACACGGAUUUCUAUCUAGCGGCCAUGUUCAAGUGAUUUAUCACUCCUUGAAGCCUUUAACCUAUCGAAAAGAAGUGAAAUACAUUAUUCUCUUAUAUACUUGCUUAGCUAAUCUUCUACCUACUAUCGAAUAUUGGAGUCACACACCGGACUGGGUGUUUGAGUGGACAAAACGCGAUGAAAUUCUCUCUGAUUUAAUAGACAACAUGGCAUUUGAGCAGAAUAUCGAAUUGCGACAUGCAUACAUGUGCAGUUUACCUCAAUUUCUCACCAACAUCGGCUGUGGCAAAUGGUGUGAAGCGCUUACGCGAAUACUCGUCGAAUAUUGCGAGCAUCACACCGACUUAAGAACGUUGAAAGCAACAUUGGAGACCGCCAAAGCAUUCCUUAUGAUAUUCCAUCUGCGAAUAGCAGCGCAUUGCGUGGACCUUUACACCGCGUUUCUGAAACUGCAUUUCGAUUUAACGGAAACGCCGGUGUUCGAUCGAGAGAUUAUGCAGAAUUUAGAGGAUUGCAUCUGUUUGUUGUAUGAACGAUCGCAAAACGUAGGCCGUGCAGUUCUGAAUGACGAUCGAAUGCGACAAAUAUUCAGUAGCACCAUGCCACUUGGAAUUCAUGGCGAUAUCACGUACUUCGAAUAAUUUGUGAGACCAGUGUGUGCGCAUCGGAAUUGUAUAUAUAAUAUAUUCUAAUAUGCGAAUGUGUUUACACACACACACACACACACACACACACACAUACAUUAUUCUUGUGUAAACUCGUAAACGUUCUCGUAUAGAGAAGUGAAAUGCAAUGUAAUAUUUAGAUAUUUUAUUUGCGAUGUAAGAUCGUCGAUAUAAUUGUCUGUAUCUGUAAAAUAAACAAUUUUUUCGUUAGAA